UUUGGAAUGUCGGUGAAUAUCCAUUGGUUCCGCCAUGGCCUACGUUUGCACGAUAAUCCCGCUCUACUAGAAGCAAUUUCGGAUAAAAGCAGAGGCAUUAAAUUGCUGCCGGUCUUCAUCUUUGAUGGCGAAAGUGCGGGUACCAAAUGUGUCGGCUAUAAUCGUUUUAAAUUCCUUUUGGAUUCCCUCAAAGAUCUCGAUGAUCAAUUUCGUGCCAUAAGUGGCGGUAAUGGUGGCCGCCUCUAUCUCUUCCAAGGAAAUCCUGUACAAAUAUUUCGAAGUCUUCAUGAACAAUUUGGUAUCCAUAAGCUGUGUUUCGAACAGGAUUGUGAACCUAUUUGGAAUGAAAGAGAUAACUCGGUAAAGACUCUGUGCCAUGAAUUGGGUAUCGAGGCAGUGGAGAAAAUAUCCCACACCUUGUGGGAUCCUCAGACAGUCAUUGAUACCAAUGGCGGUAUUCCACCGUUGACAUAUCAAAUGUUUUUGCACACCGUUCAGGUUAUAGGCCUCCCGCCAAGACCAGCUGAUGAUCCUGACUGGACAAAUGUCGAAUUCAUACAAAUUGAUGAAGAUCUCAUUAAGGAAUUUAGAGGAUUCUUAGAGUUCCCAACACCCGAACAAUUUAACAUUUUCCCUGAAAAACUUAGCUACCUGGCCAAAACCAAAUGGAUAGGUGGUGAAACCCAAGCUCUACUGCAUUUACGGGAACGUCUGAAUGUCGAAGAAAAUGCUUUUCGCUGUGGCCGUUAUCUACCCAAUCAAGCCAGUCCGAACAUACUCGAAUCUCCCAAAUCGAUGAGUGCCCAUUUGCGUUUCGGUUGCCUAUCGGUAAGGAAAUUCUAUUGGGAUGUCCAUGAUCUGUUUCGCACGGUCCAGUUGCAGGCUGAGGGUUUUGGUAUGCAAAUGUUUGGUGGGGCACAUAUCACCGGGCAACUUAUUUGGCGCGAAUAUUUCUAUACAAUGUCGGUGAAUAAUCCUUAUUAUGAUCGGAUGGAGGGUAAUGCCAUUUGCCUGACCAUACCAUGGGCACCCACCAAUAUUGAACAAUUAAAACGUUGGACAGAGGGUCAGACGGGAUUUCCCUUAAUUGAUGCGGCAAUGCGUCAGUUGUUGGCAGAAGGGUGGCUACAUCACACACUACGUAACACUGUAGCCACAUUUCUGACUCGUGGUGGCCUAUGGCAAAAUUGGGAACAUGGUUUAAGGUAUUUCCUGAAGCAUCUCCUCGAUGCUGAUUGGUCAGUGUGUGCCGGUAACUGGAUGUGGGUUAGUUCAUCGGCAUUUGAACGCCUACUCGAUUCUUCGUUGGUCACCUGCCCCGUGGCCCUGGCUAAACGUCUAGAUCCUUUGGGUACAUAUAUCAAGCAAUAUGUACCCGAAUUGUCCAAAGUUCCACAGCUGUUUAUUCACGAACCCUGGCGCAUGGGAUUGGAGGAACAAGAAAAAUCCGAAUGCCUAAUUGGUGUCCAUUAUCCCAGUCCCAUGAUCGAUUUGUCUUUGGCAACCGAACGCAACAUGAAAGCUAUGCGUGAUUUGCGUAUGUCCUUGACAUCUGCUGGGGCACCGGAUAAAACUCCACCCCAUUGCCGGCCAUCGAAUGAGGAAGAAGUUCGUCAUUUCUUUUGGUUAGCUGAUUAAAAAAAAACUAUAGAUGGAUUAUCAUAUUUAUAUAACGAAUUUAUCUCAUGU